AUCAAGUGGAUAUCUACAAAGAUGGUGAAUUUGUUCUUGUCUGAACCCAAGCGGAACGAUGAUGCUCACAACAGUAGUAGCAACAUCGAUGUGAUUUUGCCUCUGUUGAACAAAUUGGGCUCUCACAUUCAAUCGUUGGUGACCCGUGGAGCGAGAUCAGAAGCUAGACUUUGGCUUUGCAGUGCCCUCUCUAGUGUUUCUAUAUCCCCUAGAAGGCAACUCAAUAUUUUCAUGAAGUUACUGAGAUCAAAACCUAGAAAGACGCAGCUUGUUUCUCAGCUCCUGCAAAUGAUGUUUGAAAAGAGGCCGAGGAAACUUGGGUCUGUGUUAGCCAAAAAAAGUUAUAUACUCGAGAAGUUCUUUGAAGGUGAUCCGAAGCGUAUACUAGAGUGGUUUUCUCAAUUUGCUCUUGGUGGUGGGUCUGAUCACAAAAGAGGUGCAAGAGCAUUGGCGCAGUUUGCAUUUGCAAACCGGGAUAUUUGUUGGGACGAGCUUGAGUGGCGUGGCAAGCACGGGCAAUCCCCUGCGGUUGUUGCUACGAAGCCUCAUUACCUUCUUGAUCUUGACGUCCAACGAACCAUUGAGAAUUUUCUCGACAAUGUUCCCGAGUUCUGGUCGUCCAACGAGUUUGCUGAGUCACUCAAAGAUGGUCAGAUUCUAUCCCUUGACACCAACUUUUUUCAAGAUCUCUUUGUACGUUUCAUGUAUGAAGAAGAUAUGAAUGAUGUGUGGGAUGCUGUAGAGGAGUUUCUUACGGAGGAGCCUUUCUCCUCCUUAACUCAGCAUCUCCUCAUCACUCUCGAAGAGCGUGACUUGUGUCAAUUUCUCGAAUUGCUUGGCAACUGUUUUAAUCCAAGGAUUGAAUCCUGGGAUGUUGGUGACUCGUCUUGUUGGCUCGAGGUUGUUCUUUCGAGAUAUGCUGGCACAGAAUCUAUUGAUGAGCUUCUGCUGCUGAAUUCUACUAUCAACCAAGGUCGUCAGCUACUACGGCUUAUACUUGAUGAGAACUUCAGUGAUGAGAGGGGAAUGUUGAAAGAAACGAUGGCAGAUGUUUGCAGAGGUUUAGAAAACGGCAGUAGCUUUUCUCUGCUUUUGAGAGAGCUUUCGAAGAUGAAACGCGUAGAGGUGAUUAAAGUACUCGGACUACUUUCUUGGACCAUUCACUUCAGUUUAUCGGAGGAAUGUCAGACUCCAGAUUCAUGGGAGUCUCUAUUUAUAGAAAAUGGGAUUGAGUUCCGAAGGUCUAGUGAUCACUCUUUGAUAAGUCAUAACGGAGUCUCUGAAGAAAGCGAAUCUGACUAUGAUGGUAGAAGCCGUGAUUCUAAAAAGAGGCACAAGAAGGAAAAGAAGAAAAGAAAGAAGAAAAAGAAGAGAGCUAUUGAUGAUGAUGAUGACGAUCUCAUUGACGAUGAGCUAAUAGGUCUGCAUCAAAUAAGUCGAAGUUGGUUGCUAUCUACUGAUGGGUUUUCUGCAACAUGGAGCAGUGUGGAUUUGCCGGAGUACAUGGCAAGGCAUUGUUUGUCAACAUGGAUGAAGUGGUUACUAGCUAGACGAAAAUGA